UUUCUUCAUUUUGGCGGCUUCUGUAUCUCAUUACCUUCUCUCUCACUGUCCGAAACCUAAGCUCGAGCUCUGAGCUUCGAUUCAGGGUAUCAAACAAGAGGGAGUCCCGCUAUUAGAAGCCCUACCUCUCACACUAUCCUCUGCAAUUCCAAUUUCUCCGAUGGAUUUUGGUCGGCUCGUCCUCAUCCUCUUCCUUUCUGCAACCCUCUUCUUCAAGACUACCCCGGUCGUCGCCGGCGAUGAUACGAAGGUCUCUCUGGCUCUCUAUUACGAGUCCCUUUGUCCUUACAGCGCCAAUUUCAUUGUUAAUUACCUUGCGAAGAUAUUCGAGAAUGGGAUAAUCGAUAUCGUCGACCUCGAUCUCGUCCCCUACGGGAACGCGAGGCUCAAGGCCAAUGGCACCAUCACCUGCCAGCAUGGUCCCAAUGAGUGCUUACUGAAUACAGUUGAAGCAUGUGCAAUCUCAGCUUGGCCUGAUCUGACGGAACAUUUCAAGUUCAUAUAUUGCGUUGAGAAUUUGGUAUUUAAGCACAAGUACAAGCAGUGGGAAUCUUGCUUCCUGGAAACUGGGCUGAAUUCAGAAGCUGUCUCUGAUUGCUACAACAGCGGAUAUGGGAAUAAGCUUGAACUAAAGUAUGCUGCACAAACUGAUGCUCUGCAGCCUCCCCAUACAUAUGUUCCUUGGGUGGUAGUGAAUGGGCAGCCACUCUAUGAUGAUUAUGAAAACUUUGAAGUUUAUAUAUGCAAUGCUUACGAGGGCAAUUCUCCCCCAAAAUCCUGCAAUGGGCUGACAGGACUCACAACAAAGGCGGCAGGCUGGGCGCAGCAUGUGAGCUUUGUUGAUGAAGUAUUUUGGUUUAAUGAUCAUCAAGUUACAGCCGCAGCAUGAUAUAAGUAUGCAAAACCUGAAUUACAAAUAUGUCCUGAACUUGCUGUGUUUUCUGCACACAUCUGAUGAGCUAUUUGAGUGAAACACAGCUAUGGCUUACAGUUUGUUUCUAUUUACACUGAUCAACAACGUGACUGUUUCGGAUGAAAUAGCAAAGCAGCGCAGAACAUUUAAUUACAAUAAAUUAGGUGUAGUGGUGGUAAGCCCAAAGCUAGAACUCAAAUUAUAGAAUGUACAAAAUUAUCAGUUGAAUUUAACAAGAUUUCUGAACUAAAA